GUACACUGAGUGGAAGAAAAAAGGUUGUUCUUGGCACGCAACCUACUGUUCUGAAGCCAUUCUAUUCCCGCGGUAAAUUCAACGUAUUCACAUGCUCGGAUCGUCCUGCAGUGAUAUACUCAAGUAGUGGGAAACUCGUGUUUUCAAAUGUGAAUCUUAAGGGAGUUUCACACAUGUGUCCUCUUAAUACAGAAGAAUACCCUGACAGUCUUGCUAUUGCUAAUAAUUCAACUCUUACAUUUGGGACUAUUGAUGAAAUUCAGAAGCUUCACAUUACAACUGUACCGCUUGGAGAGUCUCCCAAACGAAUAACGUUUCAAGAAUCGUCACAGACAUUUGGAGUUUGCACUAGUCGCUAUGAAUACAAGGGCAUUUCUGGAUCUGAUACAAGACAGCAGAAACCAUCUGCUAGCCUUAUUGCUCCUAGUAUCACUGUUUCAUUGGGCAGUGGUGGGGGCUCUGGUGUUGAUGCUGAUUCUUCAAGUGUAGCUAAAAAGGCAAAAGAUGGAUCCAGCAAAGUUGGAGCUGGUAGUGGGUUGUCCAAGAUUUCUCAUGGAGAGCUCAUAGAAGCAGAUUCCUUUCUUAUCGUUGAUCAGCAUACAUUUGAAGUAACACAUGCUCAUCAUUUACGAUCCAGUGAAUGGGCUAUGAGUCUCAUGUCUUGUCAUUUGUCCAAUGGAUGUUCAUACUAUUGUGUUGGAACAGCGUUUGUGUAUCCAGAGGAACCAGAACCAAAGACAGGCAGAAUUCUUCUACUUGAAGUCAAUGAAGGUGAAAGCAGCCAGUGAGUAUGACUGUGCUGCAGCGUGAGCUUUCUUGUUAGAUCAUGAAACAAGGAUUGGUCAGGCAUACUGUUGUACAUUGCAAAGUACAAAGAUGAUCGAGG